CAGGAGCUUUCCAACUGCUCUCAGGCUGCUCUUCCAACACUCAAAGCUCUUCUUUUCUCUUGGGGUCUUUUUCAGAGUGUUCCCGACAUGCCUGCGAGGGCCGUAACACUUUAUCGGCAGGAGCAAACGCAACAUCAAAGCUCAAAACAUGUUGUCCAUCAUUCAAGGAAAUCAAGCUCUCAGGUAGUGAAGAAGCAGCAGGUCCAGGCCACUGAGGCUAUGGCGGAACCAGCCUACACAGUGCCAACCUUCAGGGAGAGGGCUCCCGAGGGCAUGCAGGAGUAUCAGAGAAUGGCGGCUCACUUUGGAAGAGAUUUGGUUCAACUGCAGCAGGAGCUGCACAGAAUGAAAGUGGCCACACAGGAGCAAGUGAAAAAUAUCGAGAUUACUAGAGAGGUGAAGGGAAUGAUGCCUUUGAGGAAGGAUAUUCCUGCUGAGGUUCCCAGAGCACCUGACUUCCUGGUCAGUCUGAGAUCUCACACUGUGUGGGAGAAGACUCCCGUCAAGCUGUUCUGCACUGUGUCCGGCCAACCCAACCCUAUUGUCAAAUGGUAUAGGAAUAAUGUUGCCAUUGAACCCUUGAGUGCUCCUGGAAAGUACAAAAUUGAGAACAAGUAUGGGGUUCACAGUCUGAUUAUUAGCAGAUGUGCAGUUACUGAUUCUGGAGUGUACAGUGUCGUGGCAACCAAUCCGCAGGGAAAGGCCAUCUCCAAGGCUACUGUCUGUGUCAGGAGGCCACAAGGGGGAGGAGAGCUCUCCCAUCUGCCAGGACUAGUUCCUCUGCUCAGCGGCAUUCAUCCCAGUAAGCUUGAGGUGUCCCUGCUGGAGUCAUUUGGAGUGACAUUUGGUACUGAAGGAGGGUCUGUUAGUCUGGUGGCCAACAUGGUGGUGGUGCCGGAUCUGCCAAACCUGCCACCUGAGGCCAUGUGGUACAGAGAUGAUACUUUGCUAAUGCCAUCCAGGUGGGUUGAGAUGUCCAUUGGUGGUGGUGUCGCCAAGCUUACUCUUCCUCACCUGAACAAGGAUGAUGAGGGUCUUUACACCAUCCGCAUUUGGACCAAGGAUGGAACCACAGAACACAGCGCUUACCUGUUUGUUAAAGAUGCCACUCCCACAGUGGCCGGGGCCCCAGGAGCCCCCAUGGAUGUUACAGCCUCUGAUGUCAAUGCAGAUUACGUCCUGGUCUCCUGGAAACCUCCAAACACCACCCAUGAGGCUCCCAUCACUGGAUACUUUGUGGACAGACGCAAGUCAGGAACUAAGGACUGGGUCCAGUGCAAUGGCCCUGUGAAAGUGUGUAAGCUGCCCGUCCAUGGCCUGACCGAGGGAGCUUCCUAUCACUUCAGAGUGAGGGCUGUGAACAAAGAUGGCAUCAGUCUGCCUUCUAGGAUGUCCUCUGGAGUGACCGCUGCAGAAGUGGAGAGUGAUGUGGAAGGUGUCCCAUCUGCCCCGGGACAGGUGAUUGCUUCCAGAAACACCAAAACUUCUGCUUUUGUGCAGUGGGAGGCCCCAAAACAUGCCAACAACCUCAUGGGUUACUAUGUGGAUGCCUCUGUGAUCGGCUCCAAGACCUGGUUCCCUUGUAACCAUAGACCUUACAAACACACCAGGUUUGUGGUCCAUGGUUUGGUCCCAGGAGAUACUUACGUGUUCCGUGUGCAAGCCGUGAAUGCUUACGGAUUGAGUGAAGAAUCACAGGAAUCUGCGCCCCUCUUCAUUGAUGCUGCACUUUCUACUCCCUCCGCCCCAUACGGCAUCAGCCUGCUGAACUGUAAUGGAUCCUCCAUGACCCUGGCCUGGAAACGCCCCAAACACACGGGUGGCUCUAAGAUCAAGUCUUACUACCUGGACAAGCGCAGGGCAGAAUCAGUUGAUUGGAAGGACGUUAGCCCAAGUCCGGCCGUCCAUAGGAUCUUCACGGUGGAGAAUCUGACCGGUGGCGUUUUCUAUGAGUUCAAGGUUCGGGCUGUUAACUUGGCCGGAGUUGGCCUGCCAUCUGAGCCCAGCAAAGCUUUUGCCUGUGAAGCCUGGACAAUGGCUGAGCCUGGCCCAGCAUAUGACAUCAGUUUCUGGGAGGUGCGAGAUAGCUCCAUCUUGGUGCAGUGGAGGGCCCCUGUGUAUACCGGAGAAGGUCCCAUCACUGGAUACUUUGUGGACAUGGCUAAGAAGGGCUCAUCAGAUUUUGUCACUGUGAAUGCUGAGCCUGUUGGGCAUUGUUACCUGAAGGUGACUGGACUAGAGACUGGAGCAUCAUAUGUGUUCAGAGUGCGUGCUGUGAAUGCUAAAGGUGUUGGAAAAGCCUCUGAUGUGUCCGAUCCCGUAUGUGCAAAAGCACUGCCAGGUACAAAGGAGAUUGUAUGUGGUGUGGAUCAAGAGACUGGAGACAUUUUCCUGAACUUUGAAGCUUGUGAAGUUUCUGAAACCUCUAAGUUCAGUUGGUCAAAGUCCUACAAAGAAGUCACUGAAUCAAGCAGGGUCUCCAUCACAUCCUCUGGAAGACACUCAAAGCUGACAUUUGUGAACCCUGAGAAGGAGGAUCUGGGCAUCUACUCUGUCGCAGUGACCGAUACAGAUGGAGUUUCAUCCAGUUACUCUGUCAAUGAGGAAGAGCUCAAAAAAAUGCUUGAUCUGAGCUACAACAUCAAACAUCCUAUUGUUCCACUGAAGACGGAACUGAACUAUGAGAUUCUGGAGAAGGGUCAUGUGCGUUUCUGGGUCCAGGCUCUGAAGUUGUCCUCCAAUGUCAACUACAGGUUCAUCGUCAACGAUAAAGCCAUCACGAGUGCUGAGGGUUGCAAAAUCAGCCAUGAUGUUUCCACUGGAAUCAUUCAGAUGACUAUUGAGCACUUCACCAAAGCCAAUGAAGGCACUUACACCAUUCAGAUCCACGAUGGCAAGGCCAAAAGCCAAAGCUCACUGGUUCUUGUGGGAGACGCAUUCAAAGUUGCUCUAAAAGAAGCUGACUUCCAGAGAAAAGAGCACAUCAGAAAACAAGGCCCUCACUUCUCAGAAUACCUGUCUUUCCACGUGACAGAUGACUGCACAGUGAUGCUUGUCUGCAAGCUGGCCAAUGUGAAGAAAGAGACAACAUUUACCUGGUUUAAAGAAGAUGAAGAAAUUACUGUUGACGUUCCACCCAACCCAAUGUCUGGAUCUUGCUCCCUUCCAAUCCCCAUGUUCUCCAGGAAAGACCAGGGAAUUUACAAAGCUGUACUGGGAGAUGACCGUGGAAAGGACACCUCUGUCUAUGACAUUUCUGGCAAAGUGUUUGAGGACAUCAUCAAUGCCAUCGCCAAUAUUGCUGGUUCCUCUGCCUCUGAGUUGGUUCUGCAGUGCACACCAGAGGGUAUCAGACUGCAAUGCUACAUGACAUACUACACAGAGGAGAUGAAAACCAGCUGGUUUCAUAGAGAAAGUAAGAUCUCCUCCUCAGAGAAGAUGAGAAUUGGAGGCACAGCUGAGAUGGCCUGGAUGCAGAUCUGUGAGCCCACAGAUAAGGAAAAGGGUCAUUAUACCAUUGAGAUUCAUGAUGGCAUAAAAUCACACUCUCGCACCUUUGACCUUUCUGGACAAGCAUACACUGAUGCCUAUGCAGAAUUCCAAAGACUCAAAGCUGCUGCUUUUGCUGAGAAGAACCGUGGUAGAGUGGUAGGUGGCCUGCCAGAUGUUGUCACCAUUAUGGAAAAGAAGAGCUUGAGUCUAACUUGCACAGUAUGGGGUGACCCCAGCCCAGAGGUCACCUGGUUUAAGAAUGAGCAGGAAGUUGUGUCUGACGACCGCUACAAGAUCACCUUCGAGGGCGGCAAGUUUUCCAGCCUCACUAUCAAGAGUGUUUAUGUGGAAGAUUCUGGAAAGUACAGCAUCAAUGUGCGGAACAAGUAUGGAGGUGAAUUUGUGGAGAUCACUGUAAGUGUCUACAAACAAGGCGAAGAGAUCCCUGAGCCCAAACUGGGACAGAUGUCCAGGCCAGUCGCCACCCCCAAGCCAGCUACACCCGCUCCACAGGCAAUGAAGACCCCGACUCCUUCGCCCUCCAUGAAGUCCGCCACCCCUACUCCACCUCCCUCUGUGAAGUCUCCCACUCCAACUCCACCUCCCUCUGUGAAGUCUCCCACUCCAACUCCAGCUCCUAAAUCACCCACCCCACCAAGAUCCGUGAGAUCCCCUACCCCUCCAAGAUCCAUGCGAUCUCCCACCCCUACUAAGAAGUAACUAGCAAACUAUGGCUUAUAGAACCUGAAGUAUUGAUAGAGUUGAUGUAUAGUGUUUCAAUUCAAAUCAGCUGAAGAUUAUCUGUUUUAGUUUGCUGCAGUAGUCUACAAAUCAGGAUCUGUCACUGGUACAAUUGUGAGAUUAAAGAUAUUUGUAAUAAAAAAUCUGAGGGAAGAGUCCUUUAAGAUCAGCUUCAGACUCCAAAAGUACCAGUUCAUCUCUGAAAUAGAGACAAAAAAUAGUAAGAUUGUGUUUUAUGUGUUGCUUUCGCAGCCACAAGAUAAUAAGUUUGCUGUUGGGCCAGCCAAAAAUCAUCACAAAGGCCACCGCUGUCUUAUCUGUCUUUAUUCUGUACCCUCCAAAUGCUUUUUGGUGCCAAUAAAAAUCAGCCGUCUCCUCUCUGGAGUGGAUCUUCGGUA